AUGUCCGUGACGUCGUUUCUGCGACGGAUGUCCGUCGAUUCGGAGUCACCGAAGUCGAGUGCUCGGUCGAGUCGUGAGUCGCGCGAGUCGCCACGGAAGAGCAUACCACGUCGGAGUCGCCUUGUCGCCAGCAUCGACUCGGCACGACGACCACAGCAACGACAAGUGACUAUCAUCAAAUACAACCGACCACGUUACGUGACCGCAUCAAAGACCGCCUCGACAUCAGCAGCCUGCCAGAUUUCAAUGAGUCAACCAGUUGGAGUAAUUCCAUGGUGUCAAUCACAAAUACACCUGUACGUUGAAGCAUCGUAG